GAUAAUAGUUCCUUGAAAACCGGUGCCUUUUUCUAGCGGCGAGGAGGCAGGCGGUAGCGGAAUCUGGCACCGGCCAUCACGUCCCCUCCCGCCGCUUCCUCCUCCCUGCCCUACCUUUCCCCAGAUCCGAAUCCAUUAAACCAGCGGAUCUUGCAUCGGGGCGCGUCCACGGCAUCCGGGCAAGCGAGUGGUGGAGCCAGCAGCCAUGAGAUGGUAUGCAUCGGUAGCCUCCUGAGGGCGCUGGUGCUGCGUGCGGCGUCGUCUGCGGGCAGGCGCCGGGGGCCCAGGAUUCUGUGUGGCCGCGCGACGGAUGUGCGCGUGACGCCACGGCACGGACACGGCUGGCGCGGGUUCCGGGCGGUCACGGGAAGGAUGAUGCUGGACUCCUCUGAGUCUGCCUCUUCCGCCGCCGCCGCCGCCGCGGAGGCGGGAGCUGGGGCGGUGGCAGGCCAGGCGCAGCCGCAGCGCCGCGCGGUGGGGGCCGUGCCCCAGGCGCACGAUGGUGGCUACGCCAGCGGCGGAUGGGAGAGAGAAGAUGGUAAACUGAGUUGUGGAUACUCAAGUUUUAGAGGGAAGAGAGCUACAAUGGAGGAUUUCUAUGAUGUAAAACUAACUGAAAUUGAUGGACAAGCUAUUAGCCUGUUCGGUGUUUUUGACGGUCAUGGUGGAUCACGUGCUGCUGAGUAUUUGAGGGAGCACUUGUUUGAGAACCUUCUCAAGCACCCUGAUUUCUUGACGGAUACAAAGCUUGCUAUAAGCGAAACAUAUCAGAAAACCGAUACAGAUUUCUUGGAAUCGGAAGCAAGUGCUUUCAGAGAUGAUGGUUCAACAGCUUCAACUGCAAUUUUGGUGGGUGACCGUCUGUAUGUUGCAAAUGUUGGUGAUUCUCGUGCUGUUAUUUCAAAAGCUGGCAAAGCUAUGGCACUUUCAGAAGAUCACAAACCUAACAGGAUUGAUGAGCGAAAGAGAAUAGAAAAUGCUGGUGGUAUUGUCAUUUGGGCUGGUACUUGGAGGGUAGGUGGUGUAUUGGCGAUGUCUCGUGCAUUUGGCAAUCGUUUACUGAAGCCAUAUGUGGUGGCGGAACCUGAAAUUCAGGAAGAACAGUUCAGUGAUGAGCUGGAAUGCCUGGUUCUCGCUAGUGACGGGCUUUGGGAUGUUGUGGAAAAUGAGGAAGCCGUUUCCCUUGGCAAAUCAGAGGACACGCCAGAGUCUGCAGCUCGGAAAUUGACAGAGAUCGCUUAUUCUCGUGGCAGCGCUGACAAUAUCACGUGUAUCGUGGUUCAAUUUCACCAUGACAAAACCGGAUGAGCCAUGUGGCGGCCAAUUUCAGUUGUACCCUGCUUCAGGCUAUUAUUAUCCUGCAAGCCGGGUGGUGGGGCUUCUCUCAGAUUUAUCGCUCUUGUAGCAACUUCCAAGAACUCGUCCAUUGAUUCUUUUGUUGUCUUGUAGGAAACAUUUGUUCCAACAGGUGUAAUAGAUAUUUUCAAUGGGUUAAUUUCUAAUAAAACUAUGUUUACAAUUACUGUUUAGUGGAAAUUGGUUAUCCUCUUGCCUUUGAUACU